AUGGGAGUUCAACGACCUCUGGAGCUCCGUGCAGUUCUGGAACCUCAACGGCAAAAGGAGGAUGACGACCAGAUGCAGAUCGUGAGUGUGGGUGAGGACUCGGAUGGCGUCGUGGAGGGCUGGAGCAGCACAGAGAUGGUGGCGGGGUGUGGAGGGAGUCUGGCGAUGGUGCGAGGGCUCCCGCAAUGUGUGGCGUACCUGGCAAUACAUGGCAUCAAACCUCAACAGCAGCAACAAUUCUUCAACCCACAAGCCCUGGUGACCCCUGCAGCGUACUGGCAGCAGCAACAGAUCUUCAACCCACUAGCCUUGGCGAGCCCUGUCACCUACUGGCAGCAACAGCAGAUUUUCAACCCACGGGCCUUGGAGAGCCCUACCGCCUACUGGCAGCAGCAGCAGAUCUUCAACCCGUUGGCCGUAGCGAACCCUACCACCUACUGGCAACAACAGCAGAUCUUCAACCCACUAGUCAAAGCGAGCCCUGGCACCUACUGGCAGCUGCAGCAGCAGAUCUUUAACCCAUUGGCUGUAGCGAGCCCUGCCACCUACUGGCAGCAGCAGCAAAUAUUCAUCCCACUGACCGUAGCGAGCCCCACCGCCUACUGGCAGCAACAACAACAGGAGAUCUUUAACCCAUUGGCUGUAGCGAGCCCUGCCACCUAUUGGCAGCAGCAGCAGAUCUUCAUCCCACUGACCAUAGCGAGCCCCACCGCUUACUGGCAGCAACAGCAACAGGAGAUCUUUAACCCGCUGACCGUAGGGAGCCCUGCUGCCUACUGGCAGCAACAACAAAUCUUUAACCCACUGGCUGUGGCAAGCCUCACCGCUUACUGGCAACAACAGCAGAUCUUCAACCCACUGGACGUGGCGAGCCGCGCUGCAAAGAUCUACCGUGGUGCCUACUUCUAG